UGGAAAGUUUCUAUCACUCUUUAUGUUUUGACGAAGAUAGCGCUCGAUAAUGUCGCAUCCUGGGGGAGACGCACCGUUCGGCGCACACUGCCGGUGAAAGCGGACGGGAAACGGGGCGGGCAUGGCCGUGGAAGUCGCUCAGUACAUCCAAGCUGCCCUGCGAGGCUCUGGGGUCAGUUUGUACCGGAGCUGAAUGGAGUUUGUGCCGUUGGACGCGGCGGCCCUGCCUAAUCGCCGCCGAUAGCAGCUCAUCCCCGGAGAGACUGUUGACCAUGAAGCUGUAGCGACAGGAGGCUUGUUCUCACAUCUGGAUCGGCUCCAUCGGUCCCCGCCAACAUGUCGGACCAAAACUACUACUGGACCGUGUUGCCGAGCUACAAAACUAGUUUCGUGACCGGGGCCAUGAUGAAAAGAUCGAAAAGUUCCCGUAACAACAAGAGAAGGAGUUUGGCGGUUGGGACCCCGUCGCCCACGCUGUCACGACCGCUCUCACCUCUCCCGCUCGCCACAGCUGGCAGCAGCCCUUCGGAAAGCCCCAGAAAUGUCUCUGCCAGCACCUCCGCCAACUUCCAGUUUGCUCGCAGCCAACUGGCCCGCAGUGAAAGCAGAGCGGAUGGGCGAAGAUGGUCCGUGGCGUCUGUCCCGUCGUCUGGAUACUGCACCAAUGCACCCAGUUCAUCAGUAUCUUCUUCUUCUUCCCAAGAGUUAUUGCACCAGUUGCCCUUCCAGCCCACGCAAGAUGAUCUCCACUUCCUCUUCAAACAUUUCCGGAGCACGGAGAGCGUUGCGGACGAAGAUGGCUCCCACCCCUCGCCCCCCGUCAGGCUUCGUUCACGCAGUCUCAGCCCUGGACGGACCUGUGGAGUCUUUGAUAAUGAGAUCGUCAUGAUGAAUCAUGUCUACAAAGAACGCUUUCCGAAGGCGACAGCCCAGAUGGAGGGUCGGCUGCUUGACAUCAUUGCAGAGUGCUCCCCAGGCACCGCUCUGCCCCUGGCUGAUGGCGUGCUGGGAUUCAUUCAGCACCAGCUGGUGGAACUCGCCAGAGACUGUCUGGACAAGUCCCAGAAAGGCCUGGUCACCUCCAGGUACUUUGUGGAGCUGCAGGAGAAGCUGGAGAAGCUGCUGCAUGAGGCGUACGAGCGUUCAGAGAGCGAGGAGGUGACCAUCAUCACCAAACUGGUCAAGAAGAUCCUCAUCAUCAUCUCUAGGCCUGCGCGGCUGCUGGAGUGUCUGGAGUUUGAUCCAGAGGAGUUUUAUCAGCGUCUGGAGGCUGCAGAGGGUCAGGCCAAGGUGGGCCAGGGCAUCAAGACUGAUAUUCCCAGAUACAUCAUCAGCCAGCUGGGCCUCACCAGAGACCCUCUGGAAGAUAUGGUCCAUCUGGAGCAAACAAGUCCAAGUCACAGAGCAUCCAGCCGAGAGUCCGAUGACACUCUGGAGGCAUCACCUGUACAGAGCCGAGCAGCCUGCACCCCUCCUCGGAGGAAACCACUGGAGAGCGACUUUGAGACUAUAAAGCUCAUUAGCAAUGGCGCCUAUGGGGCUGUAUUCCUGGUGCGCCACAAGGACACCCGUCAGCGUUUUGCCAUGAAGAAGAUCAACCGGCAGAACCUGAUGCUGAGGAACCAAAUCCAGCAGGUGUUUGUGGAGCGAGACAUCCUCACCUUUGCUGAAAACCCAUUUGUGGUUUCCAUGUUCUGCUCUUUUGAGACUCGGAGGCACCUCUGCAUGGUCAUGGAAUACGUGGAAGGUGGGGACUGUGCAAACCUGUUGAAGAACAUCGGUCCUCUGCCCGUGGACAUGGCCAGGAUGUACUUUGCAGAGACCGUCCUGGCUUUAGAGUACCUUCACAACUACGGCAUUGUACACAGAGACCUCAAACCUGACAAUUUGUUAAUCACCUCCCUGGGACACAUUAAGCUGACAGACUUUGGGCUGUCAAAGAUCGGUCUGAUGAACAUGACGACCAACUUGUAUGAAGGACACAUUGAGAAGGAUACCAGAGAAUUCAUUGACAAACAGGUGUGUGGUACUCCGGAGUAUAUCGCUCCAGAGGUGAUCCUGAGGCAGGGCUAUGGGAAGCCUGUGGACUGGUGGGCCAUGGGCAUCAUCCUGUACGAGUUCCUGGUGGGCUGUGUGCCUUUCUUUGGAGACACACCAGAGCAGCUCUUUGGUCAAGUGGUGAAUGACGACAUCAUCUGGCCAGAAGGGGAAGACGCUCUGCCAGCUGAUGCUCAGGACCUCAUCACCAGGCUGCUGAGGCAGAGCCCUCUGGAGCGCCUGGGAACAGGUGGAACCACUGAGGUGAAGAUGCACAUGUUCUUCCUGGGCCUGGACUGGAACGGCCUCCUGAGGCAGAAAGCCGAGUUCAUACCUCAGCUGGAGACGGAGGACGACACCAGCUACUUUGACACCCGAUCGGAGCGCUACUGUCAUCUGGGCUCAGAUGAAGACGAUGAAACCAACGACGAUGAGUCAUCUCUGGAGCUCCGACAGUUCUCUUCUGUAGCCCACCGCUUCAGCAAGGUGUACAGCAGCACAGAGCACCUGUCCACCUCCACGCCAUCCAACCAGAGCCUGUCGUCAUCGGAGCGGAGCCACAGCGAGGAGAAGGAGGAGCGCUGGGAGGGCCGGGGAGUACUUUCCCCUGGCGACGGACACAAGCACUUGGCUGGUGGAGACAGGAGGGCAGAUGGACACAGGGGGAGCCUUCGUCCUCGUGCAUCAUCCAGCUCCUCGCAGUCGGAGCGCAGCGCCAGCCCACUGGUGAUGAACAGCACCCAGAGCCUGGACAUCAUGCCUCGCUUUGCCAUCGCUGCCGACGAAGAGGAUGGGAUGGUUUCUAACCUGCGGCGCAUCCGUCUCCGGAGCAACAGCACCGGCACCAGGCCGUCUUUCCGGAGAGGGGCGUCCAGACGGAUCGCGCAUCAGCUGGAGACCCCAGAAAAGCCCAGAUCCCCGUCUGGAAAAGUCCCCAAGUCGGCGUCCGUCUCUGGCCUUUCUCUCAUCAUCACCCCAGACGACUCGGCUGGUCCUCCCACGAGCCCCAAGUCCUCUCUGUCCCUGUCGUCCAACCCGUCGUCCAGAGACUCGUCUCCCAGCCGCGACCUUUCAGUCAGCAUCAGCUGCCUCAGGCCUCCUGUGGUCAUCCACAGCUCUGGGAAGAGGUUUGGCUUUGCGCUGCGAGCUAUCAGAGUGUACAUGGGAGACAGCGACGUCUACACGGUGCAUCACAUGGUCUGGUGUGUUGAGGACGGCAGUCCAGCACACGAGGCCGGGCUGAGGGCAGGUGACCUCAUCACUCACGUCAACGGGGAGUCGGUCCAAGGACUCGUGCACACUGAGGUGGUGGAGCUCCUGCUCAAGAGCGGCAACAGAGUGACCCUGCAGACCACUGCACUGGAGAACACAUCUAUCAAGGUGGGCCCGGCCAGAAAGGCAAGCUACAAGGCUAAGAUGGCCCGACGCAGCAAAAAGAGCAAGAGGAAGGAUGGACAGGACAGCCGGCGACGCAGCAUCUUGAAAAAGCUGUCGAAGCACACGCCUCCACCCAUGCAGAGCAGCCGCAGCUUCUCUUCAGGCUUCCACCAGUCGUCUAGCGACAGCCUCUCUGGUUCCCCGACACAGAGUCUCUCUCCUGGGCCGUCGACGCCGUGCCGCUCCCCUGCUCCCGACCACUCUGGAGACUCCAGCUCCUCGCCCUGCUCCAGCUCUCCUAACUCACCUGUACCACAGGCUCGUCCCAGUUCCCUUCACGUCUUGGGUCGCUACACGAAAGCCGGUCGCUGCAAGUCCACCAGCAGCAUCCCCCCUUCGCCUCUGGCCUGUAUCCCACCACCUCAGCCUCUCUCUCCCCAGUGCUCUCCCUCCUGCCUCCCGAAUCACCCCAAGUCCUUGCACGGUUUCCACGGCAAGACGCUGUCCCCUCCCACUAUCGCCCGGCAUUCUGUGCGUCCCCGCAGUGCAGAACCGCCCCGCUCACCGCUGCUCAAGAGAGUCCAGUCUGCAGAGAAGCUGACAGGAGACAAGUCGACGGGGGGCUACCACGGAGACAGGAAGGCCUACAGCACCCGCCGCCACACCAUGGAGGUGCCUCUGUCUGAGAGCGAGGGCCUGGAGGACAUGGAGGGCGACACCGCCACCGGCUUCGUCUGCGUGGGCGAGCACGGCCGCCAGGGGCUGUACAUCGGAGGGCAGAGAGGCCACCAGGACACGGGCGGCGGAGGCAGCGACUAUCACCGGCCCAGCGCCUCGCCCCAACACCGCGGCGGCAACCACCAUUCGAAAGAGGUGGUGGUGAUGAGGAAGCUGGCUCUGUCAGAGCGCAGGGACUCCUUCAAGAAGCAGGAGGCCGUGCAGGAGGUGAGCUUCGAUGACCUGGACGAGAGGGAGGGGACGCCGAGCCCCACGAUUCCCGUCGUGCAGCCAAAGGCAUUCAAGGCGUCCUGGAUCAACUCGUCCCAAUCAGAAUCCAGCGUGAAGCUGGGCGGAAGAGGACCACAGGGUAUCGCUCCACAGAAAGCCAAGUCAAAAGACAAAGAAGGGUUUUAGUGUUUCCCUCUGCCAGGGAUGACAGGUCAGCGGAGUGAAGUCUCUGACUGCAGACUGUUCUCACAUCUGAAGGCCUUGCAUGUGUCCAGAAAACUGUGACCAAGUUCCACAUCAGAAGAACAAAUGAAAGUCGAUGUUUUUCAGUCAUACAUGCAUCCUGCAACACUGUUAACAGAAUGACUGCCAAACUACGUUUACUUCCAAGUUGCUUGUUUGGUUCUCAGAUCACUGUGGCACCUGUAACUGAUGUACUGUGUAAAUAGUUUUUGUUUUAAAUGAAGGAACUUAUUUAUGACUUUUUACGCUCAUCUUGUUUUUGGGUUGCUGAAAACGCCUUGGAUUCUUCAGCCUUUCUUAUUUCAGGAAUUGCCCCAGAGAGAAGCCAGGUGACGACUCCUCAGUGUGGUCUCAUGGUUGGUGUGGAACAGGAGAGGUGUAUUAGUCGAUAUGGUAACCGGUUUCUGUUUUUAUACCGCAGUGUGCGUGUGUGUGUGUGUGUGUGUGUGUGUGUGUAGAACUGGGUGUUGUGUCGUGUUCAAGUUGGGUCUUUGGAAGAACCUUCCAGUGUUCGUCCUGCACCACGUGUACUAUAUAAGUCCACAACAUCCCCUUUGCUGCCUGUCCGAAGACACGGAUCAUGCAGCUUGUGGUCGUGACCGUUUGGAUCAGGCAUGUAUGAAGUCUUUCAAGGACAAAAAUAUCAGCAUUACAAUACUUGGGAGCCGAGCUGUGGUGCCAAAGCAUGAUCUAGCCAUAGGAACCAUUUAAAAGAGGUACUGUAGUUGUACAUAAGAAGCUUCACGUAUGCAUGGGCUCUACGCCACUCGCUGUCCUGUCCUGUACAAAAAGUGCGUCAGUGCUGACACUCCUCUAGCAGUUGUAUAAAUCCUAACCUGACCAACACACAGGUGUGUAGAUAGAGCUCUGUGGUUCCCUCCAGAACCCAGGCGUGUGUCUGUCCUCUGGUUCCUUGAUGAAUCAAACUUCCGUCCACCUCCUCACAAAGUAGUAGUAGCCGCGUAACUGUUAGAACACCGUUAUCUUCCAGGAUCAUCUGUUCUCUGUGGGAUUCAAAAACCAUACAGUGGAUGCAACAAACAAACCUGGCUCACUUGGCUGUUUUUACAACAACAAAAAAAAGUGUAUUAUGAAUGAAUGUUUACAUUUUAGUGCAAAUACGUGUGUGGACUUGUUAUGGUUUUGUUAAAUUAUUACGGGGAAAAAAGAAUGAGCGGGUGGUAGAAGUCCCCCAAAAGCCCUGAGUGGAUGAAGGAGUGAGUCAGAGGGGAUCUGCUUUUGUAUAUUUUGAUAUGGACACAGUCUUGUUGCAGUACUAAUAACCUACGCUGUUGACGUAUAUUGUCUGGACCUUAUAGCAGCUGUCAGUGGUGUGUUUUGAAAGUGACCUUGUGAGGGUAGAUGGACUCAGAGUGGCAUGGUCUUAAUCCCCCGUCGCAAUCAGCCUCAAAGGAUUGUGCAUGUUUUUACAUCCCAUUAAAAUGUUUCCGCCGUUUCCUAACAGCUUGGGGAAGUUAUUAAUCUGUUCCAGUUAUUGAGUUUGAAUCAUUGAUUUGAGCUUUAAAAUGAGAUGUAAACAUGUGGGCUUUGGUUUUCAGUUAUGUAUUCGCUCAUUUGUGUAUUUGUGUUCAUUUCUUUUUUGUCAUUGUUUUAAUUCAGGAACUGUUAAGAUCAGCAAGUACAAACGCUUCCAGUCUGAUUUCAGAUGAAUGGGUCACACAGCAGGAGAACCUGUGCAGCCUUAUGAAGGCUCAUGUUCUACAGAGUUAAACGUGUAGUCCAUCGUGGAAAGUCAGCACAUACAGGGUCUUUAGUAAAAGUUGAAAUGAAAACUUUAAAAGAUGACUUUUCAUCUGCUUUGGGGCGCGUGUGGGGGAUUUGUCACUGAAUUUCUGAUGCAAUAUACAUUUGAUAUGUUGUUGGGAUUUGUUUUUUAAUUAUGCCACCACAGCAUCUCUUGACCUCAUGUUUACCGCCACGUUUCUCUUUAAACUGGGAGAUGAUUUUGUGGAGCUUUCAGCAGCAGACAACUGAUUCAUCAUCUCACAUCAAACCAAGCAUCGAAGGAACUCCUCAUCUCUGCUUUUCAUCGCUGUGUCUGUGCGAUACACUCCAACUUCUUCAGCUGCCAUCUUCCACAUGUUCCACGUGUUUGAAAUGUGUUGCUCCACACUCGACCCUGUUGACCCCAGCAGACCGAUGGCCUUUGUGAGGCGCCUACCGUGUGGGUGACCGGUGCAGACUGCUGUGACUUUGUUUUCCUCUUGUCUUAACAGUGCUUGAAAUAAAUAAAUUGCCGAGGACUGGAGAGUCCAGUACUACA